AUGGCAGACAGAGACACAGAUGAGUUAAACAUCGAUAACGUAAUAAAAAAAUUAUUAAAAGUUCGAGGCGAAAAGCCUGGAAUGAAUGUACAGUUAACGGAAAUAGAGAUCAAAGGGCUAUGCUUGAAAUCUCGAGAAAUAUUCUUGUCACAACCAAUAUUACUUGAAUUAGAAGCACCGCUAAAAAUUUGCGGUGACAUUCAUGGUCAGUAUUACGACUUACUAAGGUUGUUCGAGUACGGCGGUUUCCCGCCAGAGUCGAAUUACUUGUUCCUCGGCGACUACGUUGAUCGUGGCAAACAAUCACUGGAGACGAUAUGCAUGCUGCUCGCCUACAAAAUCAAAUAUCCUGAGAACUUCUUCCUUUUACGUGGCAACCAUGAAUGUGCUAGCAUUAAUAGGAUUUAUGGAUUCUACGAUGAAUGCAAACGGAGGUAUAACAUCAAGUUAUGGAAAACUUUCACAGACUGCUUCAACUGUUUACCUGUUGCGGCGAUAGUUGACGAGAAGAUAUUCUGCUGCCAUGGUGGCUUAUCGCCGGACCUUCAGGCGAUGGAACAGAUCCGGCGGAUCAUGAGGCCGACUGACGUUCCGGACCAAGGAUUGCUCUGCGACCUGCUCUGGUCCGACCCCGACAAAGACACCGCCGGCUGGGGCGAGAACGAUCGUGGCGUGAGCUUUACUUUUGGCACUGAGGUGGUCGGCAAGUUCCUGUCUAAACACGAGUUCGAUCUGAUAUGCCGAGCGCAUCAGGUCGUCGAAGACGGUUACGAGUUCUUCGCCAAGAGGCAGCUCGUCACCCUCUUUUCAGCCCCCAACUACUGUGGUGAAUUUGACAACGCCGGAGCGCUAAUGUCAGUGGACGAGACCCUGAUGUGCUCGUUCCAGAUCCUCAAGCCGGCCGACAAGCGCAAGCUGUACUCCGGCCUCAACAUGGGCCGCCCCAACACGCCGCCGCGCGCACAGCCCAAGAACAAAAAGAACUAG